AUGCUUGCGGCUGUCACCGUGCUCACGAGCCGAGCCUCGGUUCCACCAUUCAAGCAACGGCGGCGGAGGCGGAGGCGGCGGAGGAGGAAACAACAACUCCACAGCGACCACCGCCGCGCCGAUCCCUCCGCCGCAGAAAGGAGUCCGCCGCCUCGGCGGCCUGGGCCCGCCCGCGGCCCCACUCCCCAGCGCAGAAAGGCGCCCCCGCCCCGGCGGCGGGACCCCCGCGCCCUCUGCCCCCGGCUGAGGCGGGUUUAUUUAUUUAUUUCCGGUCGGAGACGAUGUCGGAGCCUGGGCCUCCGGUUGGCUAAAGGCGCUUCUCUGAGGAGGCCGCUCGCUCACCGUUCGCGGGAGGGGGACGGCGUCGCGGAGGGAUCCGACGCACACGGGCCGCAGCGCGCGCUCGUCCGCGGCGCUGGCUGCGCUGCGAUGGAAGUUAGUUUCUGUGUGGAGACGUUAGGGAACAAACGAGGCCGGGCCGCCCGAGCGGGGAUGCCGGGCUGCGGCUCGGGCUCGCGCGCGCACGCGCAGGUGAAGACACCAAGUGGGAGUCUGGAUGUUCAGAGCUGAACACAGGGCUUGGGGUGAACACGUGAACUUGGGAGUCCUCAGGACCAGUGUCCUUUCCCUCUCUAUCUGCCUGAAAGACUCCCACCCACCUUACACGACCAUCUCAGCUGCAACCUCUUCUUUAAGGGCCCGACUCCCCUCAGCGGUCAUUACUCCAUCACUUACAUAAUACAGCACCUUGUUUGUACUUGGACUGCGGCAGCCCCUGCAUUGCUUCAUGAUCAUGUCUGCUAACUCCCUUAGCCUGGAUACAAUGUCUUACUUAUAUUUGUAGUCUACUAACCUACCACAGUGCUGGGCAUGCAAUAGUCAUUCAAUAAAUGUUUAAUUAGAUAUUUGAAAAUGAUUCUCUGUUAUCUCAUUUGGUUUUCCCAGAUCCGGUCAGUCAGUAGGCCCAGUGGCUCUGCAUGUCCAUCACAUCCGUCGCUUCUUGGCUGUGACACAUACCAUGCCAGUACCCCCUGCCAAGGUUUCGUGUUCUUGCUGUCCGUGGCUUGGACUAUUAGCAUCUUAACCUGAUGUUGGUCCCUAA